GCUUUGCCAUCCUGGUCCAUGUCCUCCAUGCUCAGCAAUCAUUACUUUGAGUUGUCCUUGUGGAAAAACUCAACGUCCUGCUACUUGUGGUGAUCCUAGUCUUCAACCUUGCGGUCAACUAUGUGAACGUCCGCUUUCAUCUGUUUGUGCAACUGGUUUUCAUACAUGUCUAUCAAAUUGUCAUUAUGGUCCGUGUAAUCCUUGUCAGUGGACAAUCGAAACAGCUUGUUUCUGUGGUCGAGAUAAUAAUGUCAAGUUAAUUUGUGGCAGUGAUACAAUUAAAAAAUGUACUUUUACUUCAAAAGAUUUACAAAUUUUACACACAGCUUUCAUGGAAUUCCAGCGUCAAUUAACAAAUAACAAUUAUUUGAAUAUUUUAAAAUUGCAACAAUUAUCCAUUGUCAAUGAUCAAUCAGCAUUACAUUCUGAAAGUGAUUUCAACAACAAUCUAUCCUGUCAAUCAUUGAAUCAUGAAAGUAGUAAUGCUGAUUCAGCUGGAGUAGUUGACGAUCAUAAUAAUAAUAAUAAUGACUGGCUUGUUUCAUCUAAUUUACUUUCGAUUCAAAUUGGUCCUACUUUUUCAUGUAAUCGUAUUUGUGAUCGUCAAUUAAGUUGUAACAAUCAUAAAUGUUCAAAUGUUUGUCAUUCUGGAGAAUGUUCACCAUGUGCACUUGAUCCAAAAUGGUGUUUUACUUGUCCGUGUGGCAAAACACCACUUAGCAAACUGGUGUCUACAGGUUGCCUAUACGGCAAUCGACAAUCGUGUACUGAUGCUUUACCUACUUGUCCUAAUGUCUGUGGACGUCCUAGAUCAUUAUGCGGUCAUAAAUGUUCAGAAUAUUGUCAUAUUGGUCCUUGUCCACCUUGUGAAUUGUCUAUAUCAUUAAAAUGCCGUUGUGGACAAAGUUCAAAAGUAAUCACUUGUCAAGAGUUCUCUCAAUUAUCAGAUAAACAAGGUGUUCCUGAACUCUUUUGUCAACGCGUAUGUAAGAAGAAACUAAAUUGUGGUCGACAUACAUGUAAAACUUUGUGUUGUAAUGAUAUUACACACUCAUGCUCUAAAAUUUGUGGCCGUCGAUUAUCUUGCCAAUUACAUUAUUGUGAAGAACAAUGUCAUCCAGGCCCUUGUAAUUCUUGCUGGCGUGGUGUAAUUUAUACAGAACUAGUAUGCCGUUGUGGCUACACUGUUCUACAUCCACCACAGCCAUGUGGAUCUAGUGCACCUGAAUGUAAUCAACCUUGUAGUCUCAAUCAUAGUUGUGAUCAUCCAGUUAAACACAAUUGUCAUAUGGAAUCAAAGUGUCCACCUUGUACAGUUAUAAUGAAUAAAGUUUGUCCAGGAGGCAAGUUUAACUAUUUGUUUCCUUGUUCAGCUGUUAACUUUCUACAUUGA